AUGGUGUUGGCGGAGGAUAUGGUGUCCACCGCGCCUGUCUGGAGUUGCGUGCCCCUCACCAGAACCAUUGUACACAUUCAGCGCCCGCAAGGAGAUCCAAAAGGCCGUACGCGGUGUCGCACGCGGGCCACCACCUCGUCGGUCUCCUGGAGAAGCCAGCGAAGGCCUGAGUCCUCCGUGCCCCCUGAUAGGUCCACAUGUUCUGAAUGCCAUGUCUGCCCACCCUUUGUCACCUUGAACCUAGGUAAUCAGGUUUACGUGGCAGAAACAGGACAAGCUCAGUCGGAGCAAGCCCCGCUGAAGCCAGCACUGAGUCUUCGGGAGGCAGUGAAGCAGGAACUGCCCUUUGUGAGGCCAGUCCUCCGUAAGGUGCAAAACCUUCCAAAGACGCCUAACGAGAACAUCUACCUGCAGUGUGAGCCCGAUCCAGUCCCAGCCCUGACUCGGACUCUAAGCUCACAAGUGCUGGUGCCCCCAGUCCCUCUGCCAAGGACAUCAGUAGUGCCCAGGCCCACCAAAGCCCCCCAGGAAGCUCGGAAUCCCCAGCUCUAUAAUCUGCUUCUUCCAGCAGGAAGGAGAUCUUCUCUUCCCUCUUUAGCCCCCACAUGGAACACCUCAGCUACUGAGGAUGGGGCCUAUACCGUGCGCCCCAGCUCAGGGCCUCAGGGUUCCCAGCCCCUCACUCUGGCAGUGCUUCUCCACGGCCAUGUCUUCAACAUUCCCAUCCAGCGGCUGGAUGGUGGGCGCCAUUAUGCCCUGGGCCGGGAGGGCAAGAAUCACAAGGAGCUCUUCUCCUCCGUGGCCGCCAUGGUUCAGCACUACGCACAGCACCCCUUGCCCCUUGUGGACAGACACAGCGGCAGCCGGCAGCUCACUUGCCUGCUCUUCCCCACCAAGCCUUUACACCACAGAUGGACUUAG